AUGUCGCAAACCAUUGGCCUGACGCGCCUCUCCUACUCCCGAGUAUGGCACCAGAUCUCCGCCUCGGCUCCCCACGAGAUCCUCUCGACCCAGCCGGGCGUCACCCCGCCCUCGCUGGGCCGCCUGGCCAGCCGCAUCGCCGUGCUGCUGAUGGGCAAGCACAAGCCGACCUGGGACCCUUCGACGGACUGCGGCGACUACGUGGUGGUGACGGACUGCGCGGCGCUGCACGUGACGGGACGCAAGAAGUGGCAGAAGACGUACUACCGACACAACACCCGCCCCGGCAGCCUGCGACAGGUGACGAUGGACGUGCUGAUGGAGAAGCACGGCGGCGCCGAGGUGCUGCGCAAGGCGGUGAGCGGCAUGCUGCCCAAGAAUAGGCUGCGGGAGAAGAGGCUUGCGAGGCUCAAGGCUUUCGAGGGGGAGGCGCACCCGUAUAAGCAGAAUGUUAUCCGGUUUGGGGAUGUUCCUGUGGGAAAGACUGGGUGGGAGGAGCAGGUUAAGGCGAUCCGGGAGGCGGAUUCGCAGAGGAUAUGA